AUGCAACAGCCUGCUUCAUUUCUUGCUAUCUUACUUCUACAUUCAGAUCUUAAUUUUGUUAUCUACUCGCGGACCGUGCACCACGUUACCGUCUCUCGAAAUGCCACUCACAGCCGACAUUUAUUUCAUCAACAUGUCAAACCAAGUCGCUCGCGGAAGAGGAAGAAAGCGAAACCAAAGGUGGUUACACCAUCCUCCGUCGAGCGUCUGGAAUCCCCUAUGGAACAGACUCUCGAUUUGGCGGGUAACUUAGAUACGCACGCAACUCGCCAUAAGAGCGUUUCAAUACCGUUAAAAACUGUGAGCUAUAUUAUUCUGUCCUUUUCGUUGGCUUCUGAUGACCUGACAACCUUAGUGGCAAAGAUCCCCGCGUGGUUCCCCGGUGCUGGCUUCAAGUGCAUAGCACGUGAAUGGCGUGGGAGCCUUGAAGAGAUGGCUUUUGCACUCCACGAGUUCGUCAAGGAUCUGAUGAUCGCUGACAUCGCCCUUGUGUCUUUUACUUCGAAUCUCUUGGAAGGUAGUGAUGUGUCUGCGGAAGAGGAACAUGUCGUGAAAUGGUGGAACCCUUACCGGGUGUGACCAGCCACCCCAAACCCUUCAAGUGUUCUAUCAUCCCUCUGCAACUGCCCUUGGGCUCGUUGAACAAGAUGCUAACUACUAAGCUCACGAUGGUGAGACCGGAGACACGCGCGGGGAUGGC